GAAACGAGUUUGCUUCAGUUUGCUUCAAUUAUUCGUUGAAAAAAGAACAAAAUAAAAAAAAAAUAUUAAAAUGACUUCUAUUAUACCGCCGGGCUCGAUCGUUCCGCAAGCGCAGGGCAUAGACGCAGCAAUACCCAUAUGGCUAAAGAUAGACUGGAGCCCGGAUAUAGAGCAGGGCAUCUACAAGGACUGGGGAACCUAUUACUGUCGCCGGCGCAGGGAGAACCUGGGCAUGUACUAUUUCGACAAAGCCCUUAGGCUCGGACCUGCGGAUUUCACGACUCUAUAUCGCCGAAGCCAGAGCAAAAGGAAGAAUGCCCAGGCAGAGGGGGCACUUAAUGAUAGUUUGGAAGCGAAACGACUAUUGAAAAUGUUGCAACGCAGUGAUGCGCCUAUUAAUUUGGAGGUUUGCGAUGCACUGUAUGAACUAAACCGGCUUGAGUAUGCUAAAGCCGAGCUCCACGAUAAUACCCGUGUCUUUACUGGAAACAAGACCAAAAUGUUCGAGCAGCGACUGGUGGUGGUUGACGAGAACAUUGAAGAUGCCUGUGGCCCUUCAAUGACUCAGUACAUUUCGGAUAAUGAGAAACUUAUAGUGCACUUAGCGGAGGUACAAAACAAGUACAAGCCGGAUACCAGGCCGCUUUGGAAAAUUCUGAAGGAACAGGAGAAAUGCGACGUCCUCAGCAUUCCCGAAAUCGAAGAAGAAAUGCUUUCUCCACUUGAAAUUGCGAGACGAAGUCGUGCUUUCGAUGUGUUUAACCAGAUGUUCAUAGAUAGGUCUUGGCAUGAUGUGAUAUUUCUAAAGCACGUUCGAAAGAAUCCGAACCUGCUCUUAGAUCAAUGUAAAAACACCACUGAGUACUUGCGAACGCUUUCUACAAAGAAAUAUGACGAGAUCAAAAGUUUUCUGAAAAUUCUGGAAGCCCGUAGCCCCAUGUACAAUAUCCGGUAUCAAAAGUUCACGAACAAGAAGUUAAUGGAUAAAUUUCGCCAGGAAUAUCUUUAUCGAGUUCAGUACCAAACUAGUCGAAAUAUGAUUUCUGCACUGCGUAGUAUUCGGUAUCUUCGAAAAACCAAAAGUCUAACUAAACUGACCAGUUACGUGGAGGAAGUAAUGGGAGAUUACGUGGUGAAAAAAACCAACAGGAUUAUGCCCUGGAAGUUCGAGUUCAUAAACGAGGUGUACAAUAUUUUGGCUUUGGCCUACGUGGAUCAGUACACAAUUCCGAAGAACUUUCGCUAUUCGGAAAAGAACUCAUUGCUUCGACUACUUCGCUUUCCUAUGGAUAAGUCAAAGGAGGUGAAACACUUCGUAUUUGGGGAUCGCACUACGCAUCACAGCUCGGAAGCAGUAGAUCCGGCCGUGACAAACUCACGACUUAUGGGAAACCGAUACGAGAACCGGAUGAAUUUCGCAAAGUACCCUAUCGAGAAGUCCUACCUACUUCACCAAAUGGCUGAGAUUCAUCUUAAAUCACAUAGGUUCGACGAAUGCUGUUUCAGUGCCAGAAAGUCUAUUGAAGAGGCAAAACAGUGCAAUAGCUACAUAUGGCAGUUCCUCAGCUACCUACUGAUAAUAAAAGCGAAUGCCGCGCUCCACAAAGUCGAGCGUACCAGUGAAGCGUUAGAUAUGGCGCUCAAAAUUGCCAACAAAUUGAAAGAAAAGCAUAUCCAUAACUUCUUAAGUGCUUGCAUACACUGCAAUGAGGAGGAAUUCAUCAUAAAAAAACAAAGUAUUUUUGCGAAUAGCCGGCGUGAAAGCGAAAAAUCGGGUUAUAGUUCCCUGUCUAUCCGCCAAAGCCAAUAGUCUUUUAUAUUACUUGUAUAACUAAAAAUAUUAAUUAAUAAAUUCUCAGUGCAAUAUAAAA